AUGUUGACUCUUUUCCUUUCGCUAUCUUUAUCUAAAGAAAUAUAUGCAAAAGUGAAUGGACUCAACAAUUCAUUUUGCCAUCUACUUGCUCCUUGUGACUUCAUUAACGCUGCAAAUCAAGUUGCUAAAGGAGAUUAUAUUCAUAUUUCAGGAUCAUCAAUAGAAGAAGCAGAUGAUCUUGAUAAAAUACGCGUUUUAUUUAACGUUGCCCUAGGAAGAGGAGCAAUUGUUACUUCAAAUAAUAUGACUAUUAAUGGAACUAACUAUCGUGAAAAUGGUGUUUCGUUUAUUGUCAUCCAAUCAGCAGCAGAAUCGCGAUUACAUAAGUUUCAUUUCACAGGAUUCAAGACUUCCAUUAUGUGCUUUAGAAAAAUUGAUCAAGGCGUAAUUUCUAUGUGCAUAUUUAGUCAUAAUUACGUUGUAGGAAGUAUUGCAAUGCUAAUGUUCGGUGUUGGAAAAUGCAAACUCGAUGAAUGUUACUUAGCAGAAAAUACAGUUACAAAUACAUCACUAAUUGCUAUGUUUUCGACACAUUUAUACUUGAAUAUGACAAUUAUCGAAAGAAACUUUGUCAAACAUGACUCUCCUCAAUCUCUUCUCUACUCAAUUAAUUCUGUUUGCGAAUAUACAAAUACUACCAUCCGAAACAACGCUUCACCAUACGCUCCAUUGCAUCAAUUCGAAUUUAGAUCAUGCUUUGGCUUCUGGAAUUGCACUUGGGAGAAUAAUCAUCACCAAGAAUUAUUAUUAUGCGAUGGAACAUGCGAAUUUAACUUUUCGAACAACUCCGUACAAUACAAUCAAGGUACUUUCAUAAGUACUUCAGCUGGAUCUGUUGUAACAUUUAAUGAAUCCGAUUUCAGAAAUAAUUUUUCAGGAGAAAAAGCCAUGUUCGACAUUCCAGGAAGUAAAUUCAUUGUAUAUUCGACAGCAGAUUUCAGAAGUAACACGGGCAGAGCAUUUAUCGAUACACGUGGCCUCAAAUCAGAUAUUCAAAUACAAAAAGCCAAGUUUUCAGAGAACAGGUUCGAUGAAUCAGUAAUACUAACAGAUAGUAAUAGUACAAUUGACAUUUACCAGACUACUUUCUCAGAAAAUAUGGCAAAUCUUGGAACAAUUCACGCAAACCAGUCAUCUGUCAAGAUCCAUCACUCGCAGUUCACCAAGAAUCAUGGAACUGCAAUCAAUGUAACAGAUUCCAUCUCUUCAAUCGAUGCAAAUCACUUCACAAGCCCUCUUGGACCUUCUAUUACUUCGAAUCGAGGAACGACCAAUGUAAUCUCGAACUUUUUCAGAGGACAAGUGAUCGGAGGACACUUAAAUAUUAAUGGAAAACAUAGACUUUAUGGAUUGAAGUUUACUGCUUCAGAUUCAUUUGCUUUGUCAAGCAAAUUGCGAAAGGACUGCUUCAUGUGUUCGUACAAGGAAAGAAAGGACACAAUUUUCUCUUGGGCAGAGAUUGUUGGACCGAAAUUACUUAUAAUUGUUCUUAUUAUUUUCUUUUACUUCUUAUUCCAGACGAAGUUACACAAUUACGUCAGGAUAUUCUUCUUAAAGAAGGAUUUGUAA